GUUGAAGUGCUAUUGCAUUGCACUGAAUUGGAUUGGGUUGCAGCUAAGGAUGGCGAUUUUGCCUUCUCUUGCACUUCCUUCAACACCCAUGUUUCGGGUAAAGCUGUUUCAAUGCCAACCCUAUCAAUUCCAUAGAUACUCAGAAUUAUAUCUUCCACGUCUAACAUAUUAUACUCGAACCAGAUCUGUUAAAGUAUCCAUGGCAGACCAUAAUGAGCCAAAUGAUGUUAAGAUGCAGAUCGGGAUCAUGGGGGAGAAACUCAAAGAAGCAAUGCCAGUUUCAGUUCAAGAAUUUCCUUGGAAGAAAGCUGAGCAUAUACUUGUAGACAGACUAUUUAAUCUUAUACAAGAGGCAGUAAAAUGGUCUCUUAUUUUAUUUUUCAUCUUUAGCUCUGUAUCAGACGUUGUAUAUACAUUCUCCAUCAACCGUGAACUGAUAAUUCCCGUUGCCCUCUUUGUUGGCUGUCUUGUGGCUGAUUUCUUGAAGGAGAUAUCACAAGAAUUGUUUCAUAGAUCUGAGGAGAAGGAUUUGAAAUGGCAUUUUCUGGGCAUGUACUGCAUUUUUGUGUUUGUUAAGUUCAUGUCCACAUGGUUUGCAACGCUACCUCGCGUGUUUCUUUUGCACGUUGCAAAUGGUGGGCUGAUGCAGAUUUUGUGGCUCUGGAGAAAUUUUGUGGAAGAUGCAAAGAACAAACAAGAAACAAGUAGCGCAUCCAGUUUGAGGGCUUCAUGAUGAUAGAUUGAUGGAUAAGUUCAGUUUCCUGGCUCAUCUUUAUGACCAGAUUGGGUUGUAGUUUUCUGCAAAUAUGUGGUCAACAUGAUCUGGUAAUCUUUCUGCCACCCUUCAUGAAUAUCAUUCAGCAGCAACUAACCACUCCCAAUGAUAUUGCACAUGUUAAUUAAAAGUGGUCAUUUUUUAUGCUUAUUUGAGUGGAUGCAACAUGGGAGGAGCAAGUUAUAAGCUUCAUGUAACAAAUAGAUGAACAGAAACUUAUUUUGCUAUGUUUAUGGGCAUUGCCAUUUAAUUAUCAAGAAAGAUAAUGCAUUUUGUUUCGAGGAAUGCUAACUAUAGUCUUUUUAACACUUUA